UUAACAAACUAAUUUGAUCAAAUUAGGCAAAAACAAUCAAACAAAAUUCUUAAAAAAGAAGACUUUUUUUCUUGGCAUUUUCUUCCGAGAUCCUGCAACGCUUUUUUCGCAAGGAUCAUAUUGCAGGGAAUCUAGAUUCCACCCUCAGGUCUUUGUGAUUCCAUUUGAAGUGAAAUAGGUUUCGUUUUGAGAGGUUUUGGGAUAAUCUUGAGUUCAUAAACUGAUUUGAUGGGAAACAAAAACUCGAGUCCGAACCAAAGUCCUAGGAGACAAUAUUCAACGAACCCGAACCCGAACCCGGCUAGUUCGCCACCCGGGUGGCAGCACAAUUACGGGCAAUCAUCCGUUUCACAAUACGCCCAAACUUAUCCGACGCAGAAUCCUUAUCCAGCAGAAUACGCUCCCUCUCAAAAUUACGGGACUCCACCCCAAACGCAGCCUAAUAUGCCUCAUAACCCUCAAAUGCACGCACCUCAAAAGAAGUUCGACAGGAGGUAUUCGAGGAUCGCCGACAACUAUAAUUCGUUAGAGGAGGUGACUGAAGCUCUUGGGCGUGCUGGUCUAGAGUCUUCGAACCUAAUUAUCGGGAUUGAUUUCACUAAGAGCAACGAAUGGACAGGCAAGCGUUCUUACAACGGGAAAAGCUUGCACUACAUUGGAAAUGAACAGAACCCUUACGAGCAAGCGAUAAGUAUUAUCGGAAAAACCUUGGCGGUUUUCGAUGAGGAUAACUUGAUUCCAUGUUUUGGAUUCGGAGAUGCAUAUACACACGAUCAAGAUGUAUUCAGUUUCUACCCCGACGAGAGAGUUAGUAAUGGAUUCGAGGAAGUUUUAAGCAGAUACCGAGAACUUGUUCCACAACUCAAACUGGCAGGACCGACGUCAUUUGCACCGAUAAUUGAAAUGGCUAUGACGGUUGUUGAGCAGAGUGGCGGGCAGUACCACGUUUUAUUGAUUAUUGCUGAUGGACAGGUAACCAGAAGUGUUGACACUGAACAUGGUGAGUUGAGUCCGCAGGAGCUGAAAACAGUUCAAGCAAUUGUUCAAGCUAGCAAAUUGCCUUUAUCCAUUAUUUUGGUUGGUGUUGGAGAUGGCCCGUGGGAUAUGAUGAGGGAAUUCGAUGACAACAUCCCUACUCGAGAAUUCGAUAAUUUCCAGUUUGUCAAUUUUACAGAGAUUAUGACAAAAAAUGUGCCCCAAAAUCGAAAAGAAACGGAGUUUGCUCUUUCGGCAUUGAUGGAAAUACCGUCUCAGUUUAAAGCAACAAUGGAGCUUCAUUUGUUGGGUGGAAGGAAAGGGAAUAUUCCCGAGAGGAUUGCUCUACCUCCUCCUGUUACACGUGCGUCAUUUGGCGGUUAUUCAAAACCGUCACAGACAAAUACGUCUACUUCGUAUUACAAGGAGGAAAAUGCUGCUCCUUCUGCUCCAAACUCUAAUUACGAACACCAGAUUUGUCCCAUUUGCCUUAGUGAUCCAAAGAACCUGGCUUUUGGUUGCGGUCACCAGACAUGUUUCGAGUGUGGACAAGAACUUCAACUAUGUCCGAUUUGUCGAUGUCCAAUUCAGACGAGAAUAAAACUAUACUGAGUAAAACUCGUACAAUUCAUCGGUACUAAUGUACUCCGGCGCCAAAUUAUUUAAAGAAGUUCUUGAUUGUACAUUAUUGUUUGGUUUGUGUAUAUUGGUUUUUUUUUCUGUUGGCUGGUUUGAAGAAGUUAAUGAAUUCAGACCAAUAACACAGUUACUGGUAAGGAUUUUAUGACCUUAAACAAAAAAAUUGUAAAUGAUAUUAAUUGUGUUGGUUGGGUGAUGUAAAUUUUUAUGAAAUUGUGUGGAGGGUGUUUUUUUUA